CUGUGUGCAGGCCGGAGAGCCCAGACUCUCUCGGGGAAACUGAAGAGGGGGAGGAGGAGAGGCAGAAGGAGGGAUUUGUCCCUGUGUUGUGUUUUUUUUGCACUAUCCAGACAAACCUCCAGCCCUGAAAUCUGAAACUGCAGAAGUUGCGUGGGUCGCCGAGCAGUCGUUUCACUGUUAGUUCACUUUUUCCAGACUGGUUUCACUCGUCCUCCCAUCAGACGCCAACUGAGACGCUUCUUCAGGACAAUCCUGUGGGGAAACCAUGCUCCCGAUGGGCCUUCGUCAGAUCGGUGCGUGUGUGGUGUUUUGCCUCAGCGGCGGUUUGGCCACGCCUCUACCUUUUUCCAGUUCUGUGGAGGGAAGUACAGAUGAGGAAGACCUCGGUAAUUUUGCUUCCUCCCUGCCCACCAGCUACCUUUUCUCCGUGCCCCAAACAACACCUGCUGGCCCCACCCAUGUGGAAACUGACUUCCUGAGUCAGGUUGUGAACUUCCUGGAGGAGAACAUGCUCCUCAUCCUCGUCACAACCUCCUUCAUCCUCCUCGUCUUGUUUAUCAUCUGUGGGGCAAUAUUCAUGAGCCGCAGGCGAAAGGUCAACGCCUACUACCCUUCCUCCUUCCCCUCCAAAAUGUACGUGGACCACAGGGACAAAACCGGAGGUGCAAAACCCUUUAAUGAAGUGCCAGAGAAACCAGCUCCCGAGCAGGAGAGUGAGCCUGUGGACUCUCACAGGCAGCUCCAGGCCGACAUCAUGAGGGCCGCCAAGAGGCUGCGGACGCCAAAUAAAUCUGUAGAUGCUACAGAGGGAAGUGGCAGCAGUCAGAAAGCAGCAGACCACAGUCCUGGAGACAGCUCUAAGACAUGUGGCAGCGUCCUGGAUCCGCAGCUGCCAAGUUUCCCUGAGGAAAAGGAGCCAUGCGAGCUCCUCAACAUUGAAGAGGCAGCAGCAGCAGGAGGCAGCACUGAGCUGAGCUGUCCUCCAGAGCAGCCUCAUCCAGAGCAGCCACAGCCACAAGGAGAUGAUCCAGAGCAGCCACAACAACAAGGAGAUGAUCCAGAGCAGCCGCAGCCACAAGGAGAUGAUCCAGAGCAGCCACAACAACAAGGAGAUGAUCCAGAGCAGCCACAACCAAAAGGAGAUGAUCCAGAGCAGCCACAUCCAGAGGGAAAUGAUCCAGAGCAGCCACAUCCAGAGGGAGAUGAUCCAGAGCCGCAGCAUCCGCAUGAAGAUGAUCCAGAGCAGCCUCAUCCAGAGGGAGAUGAUCCAGAGCAGCGUUUGAUUGGCAGGAGUCUGCGGCCCUCCUCUCUGCAUAUCCACAAUGACUCUGCAACGCUUCAGCUGAUCGCAGGAGAGAAAACAGCCUUCUGACUCCUCUGAACACUAUGAACUGACUCUAUUUUCUACCUGAAUCCACUUUGAAUCCACCAGUGGCAAUUCGUCCGUAAAACCUCAACAUUAUCGACAGAUUUAUCACUAGAUUUUAGUUUUUUGUCCAGUGAGGGAAAGAUGGUGUGCAGCAGAGCUCCCUUGCAACUGGUUAUCAUUAUGGCAGUUUAAAAACAUGGUUUACUGUCUUUAAUAUCUGCUACAAACAAUAGUUCCUUUUAUGAAGAUAUGCUUUCGUUGAAUUCUUUCAAAAUGGCCGCACAGCUAGAGAUUGUGGAGUUGGUAUGUUCCUCCUGUGUCUCUGUGGGUUUUCUCCAGGUACCCCAGCUUCCUCCCAGAGUCCGAUGACAUGCUUGAUUGACGUUAAUUGGAGACUCUAAAUGAUGUGAGUGUGAGUCGUUGUUUGUCUCUGAGUGACACCCAGCGACCCUUAAAGCAGACAAGUGUUAUGGUUAAUGGAUGGAUGGGGGGGUCACUUUAGUAAACAUGUAGUCGUAUGUGGCCCGUUAUCUGUGCUUCAGUGAAUAAACAUUAACAUACUUACAACUUUUUGUAGAUAAUUUAUGAUUUAACCACCUUUUAGCAUCGGUUUACUUUUAUGUAAUCACAAUAAAUUCUCAGUACAAGCACAA